CAUGUGACUGUGGACAGAAUGGAAAUGUUCGCUCGAGGGUAAAACUAAAAAGUUGCAACUGCAAUCAAGGAUAUCAAGAAUAUGACGGCCAGUGUAAAAAAUGCGAUUGUGGCAAAAAAGGAAAAAGUUGCAGUUUUGACAGUUCUGGAAAUCAGAAAUGUGAAUGUGAGAAAGGCUAUAUUCAAAAAGGCAACAAUUGCGAAGAAUGCGAUUGCGGCAAAAAAGGAAAAAGUUGCAGUUUUGACAGUUCCGGAAGUCAGAAAUGUGAAUGUGAGACUGGCUAUAGUCAAAAGGGCAAGAAAUGUGAAAAAUGUGAAUGCGGCGAAAACGGAAAAAACUGCAGCUUUGACAGUUCCGGAAGUCAGAAAUGUGAAUGUGAGACUGGCUAUAGUCAAAAAGCCAACAAAUGUGAAAAAUGUGAUUGUGGGGAAAAAGGAACAUCUUGCAGCUUUGAAGCUUCUGGAAAUCAGAAAUGUGGAUGUCAAUCGAGCUAUAGUCAAAAAGACAACAAAUGUGAAAAAUGUGAUUGCGGGGAAAAAGCGAAAUCUUGCAGCUUUGACGCUUCCGGAAAUCAGAAAUGUAAAUGUCAGCCUGGCCAUAGUCAAAAAGACAAUAAAUGUGAAAAAUGUGAUUGCGGGCAGGAAGGAACGUGUGAAUUUGGUCAAGAUGGAAAAAAAUGUACAUGUAAUGCAAAUUUUAAAGUAAAUAGUAAAUCUGGGAAAUGCGAGGAAUGCAAUUGCGGUGAGCAUGGCAUAUGUAGCUUUGAAGGUGGUAGCAAGAAGUGCACGUGUAACGAAAAAUAUGCAGAAAAGAAUGGAAAAUGUGAAGAAUGUAAAUGUGGAGACAAUGAAGAAUGUUCCUUUGAAAGUGGAAUUAAAACCUGCAAUUGCAAAAAGAAUUUUGAACGGGAUGAAAAUAAGAAAUGUACAC